AUGGAAAACCUCCAAUCCACCAUUUCCAUCUCGACCUUAGCCUCCAUCUUCCUCCUCUUCAUCACCAUCACCAACCAACCAUCCUCUGCAAGAACUCUCAUCAAUUCCCACCACCAUCACAACCACCACAAAAUCACUUUCCUAAUGACAAAUCUUCUCAAUCUAACGCACCCUUCUCCCAAACCAGCCACCUCCAAACUCACUCAUGAUCAUCAGCUUCCCUUUUCCAAACCAAUUGGUCUAUUCCCUCCCAGUGGAGGAGUCCAUAUCCCUGAAACAAAUCCAUCAACCCCCACCUCUGGAUCAUCAUCAUUUUCUUCUUCUUCUUCUCAAACACUUGAUCUUUCCGGUAUCGGUUUUUCUUUUCCGGCCAGAGCUACUCUGCAAGAGCUUGAAUUUGGGAUAGUGACUGUUAUUGAAGAGGAAGUAUAUGAAGCUAAUUUGAAAGGUGAUUUCUUUCAAAAACUUGGAAGAGCACAAGGGAUGUAUGUUGCAAGCUCUGAAAAUGGGAGUAGCCACAUGAUGGCCAUGAUGGUGAGCUUUGGUAAUGGUGAUGAUGAUGGUGAAGAUGGAUUGAGGUUUUUCGGGGUGCAUAGGACGGAUGUGGUUGAAUCUCAUAUUGCUGUUAUUGGAGGGACUGGGAAGUUUAACGGUGCAAAUGGGUAUGCAACAGUGAAGGCAAUGAGUGUGAAGUCUAAUAGUAAUGCUAGUGGGGAAGAAGAACAAGCUGAUGGAACCAGAAAGCUUCUCAAGUUCAAUGUCUAUCUUAGCUGA